UCGGGCGCUCCUGCAAUAGGUGGCAGGCAACUCUGCUGCCCACGUCCAUGGUGCAAACGACGAAACAGAUGAGGGCCGUCCCUUGCUAUAAAUAAACCACCAUGAAGCCCAGUUUAUCGGAUCCCACGACUCCCCCACUUCCGCCAUCCAGGCACGCGUCUCCUCGAUUUCCCAGGACUUCUCUUCUUCUGCACCCAAGCUUCCCCCAUUCUGUUCUGCCAUCAAUUUUCUCCGUCCUGAAUAGAAAUACAGAUGGAGGGGACUGUGUUCACUCCCUCCCUUGAGGGGAUGAAGCAUGUCAAGUCAGAGAGUGGCGUGAUCCUGACCAAGCCGUUUCUUCAAGUAUGCAAGCACAUCCUUCCUGUGCUAGAGAAAUUUGGGUCAGCCAUGUCUAUUGUCAAGACUGACAUAGGAGGCAAUAUCACGAGGCUGGAGACAAAAUAUGCAUCUGAUCCUACAAAGUAUGAGCAGCUGCACAGUAUGGUGAAAGUAGAAGUUAGCGCAAAGACUGCAAAAAGUUCUAGCAGUUGUACCAACGGUCUUCUAUGGCUGACAAGAGCCAUGGACUUUUUGGUUGCGCUGUUCCAUAAUUUGGUACAGCACCCAGAUUGGCAAAUGUCACAAGUUUGCAGUGACGCGUAUAGCAAAACACUGAAGAAAUGGCAUGGCUGGCUGGCGAGUUCGAGCUUUUCGGUUGCCAUAAAGCUUGCACCAGACAGGAAGAAGUUCAUGGAGGUCAUCAGCGGUUCGGGCAACAUCAAUGAAGACAUUGAGAAGUUCUGCUCCACAUUCUCCCCUUUGCUGGCAGAAAACCACAAGUUUCUAGCCAGUGUGGGCAUGGACGAUCUUAAGGCAUCUUGAUGCAGUACACUUUGUUUGUCAUUCAGCAUGCUCUGUGCCAAGCUUACAGAAACAAGCAUCAUUUUGUUGUUCAAUUUGUAUUGUGGUUCAUGAGUCUCUGCUGCAUGUAAAUGUAACAUUUAUUAUAUCCUUGUUGUCUUCCAUAAACAUUUGUUCACCUCAGUAUUCUGAUUAAUUCGAUUAAAUAUCAUGAGCA